GUUUGAAAUAUCCUUGCUCUAAAUUGACGUCGCGAAAUACUUUGAAGUGCUGAACAGCUGGUAGCUCGAGUCAAGGCUCGAGCCAACGUCCCGACAGUCCUGGCGAAGCUAAGGCCCUUUGCCGAACCAUUGGCUCCAGCGACGUUCCUUGUUCUACCGACUGUUCAUCACUUUGUCUCAUUUGGACAAAAUAACUUGGUAGUGCAUUAGCGUUGACCCCCACUGUGUACGAGGGACCCCACAAUGAACGUAUCACAGAUAACUGAAGCCCGACGCAGAGGCGAACGCGGUUGCAGCCAAUUGAGACGCGGCGCUUUGCGCAGCGCGUCGGCUACCGAGUGCACAUACUUGGGUCACUGCUGUGUGUUGCGCGUGCUGGUAUGCGAAUUUGGAUAACACUGCAGCGCAAGCAGACAAGAACAAAAGAGAGACGUAGACACUACGACGCGCAUCAUGGCGUCUAGGUCUCCAUUUUGUCCUUGUCUGCUUGCGCUAAUGUUAUCCUUGUUGGGUCACUCAUCCUUCGUAGCGUGUGCUGUGAAUGGUUAUUGCUGCGCUGUUGGGCCUGAUUACCCGUGUUGUUUCUUCAGGUCAUCCAGUUGUGGCCACCAUGAAUCCGAGCUGUGACGAGUCAGAACCUGGUGCGAACAGCGUGGCUACUUCGACAGAUGAGCUUCCAAUCAUGGAUGGCGACGCCGGGGCAGCUAGCUGGAACGGGAAUCCCGGAGAAGAGCUACGCAAUAGCAAGCACGGCCGCGAGAGAUCCUGGCAAUGCAACCUUUGCUCCAGAAACUUCAAAACCCGAAGUGCAAUGCGCAACCACAUGCCCACGCACUCGAACGAGAAGCCGCAUUGCCCUCCCAAGUGCGGCAAAAGAUUCGCCCGGCAGAAGUAUCUCAACCACCACCGCCGCCUUCACACGGGAGAAAGGCCACACCAGUGUGACGAAUGCGGUCGAAGGUUCGCUUGCGUAACUGACCUCUCCAGGCACGCUCGCACGCACACAGGCGAGAGACCGUACAAGUGCCCAGUGUGUCCCUCGGCGUUCUCCAGGAAAGGCUCUCUCGACUGUCACAUCUUGAUGCACACCGGUCAGAGACCGCACCACUGCAACACGUGUGGGCAGAGCUUCAGGAUGGCGCACCACCUCACCUACCACAAGCGGACUCACACGGGAGAAAAACCCCACCGCUGCCCCGUGUGCGACAAGGGUUUCUCUCGGAAUAAGUAUCUCAAUAACCACAUUCGCACGCAUACGGGAGAAAAGCCGUACCGGUGCGACGCGUGCGGCCAAAGUUUCGGUUCCAGAGAGGACCUCACGAGACACACUCGGAUGCACACAGGCGAGAAACCGUACAAGUGCACGACGUGUCCCUCGGCGUUUGCCGAGAAAGGCUCUCUUAACCGUCACGUCUUAACGCACACCGGUGAGAGACCGCACCGGUGCAUUGCGUGCGGGCGGAGCUUCAGAAUGCCGCAUCACCUCACCUACCACAAGGGGACUCACACGGGAGAGAAGCCCUGCCGCUGCCCCCUGUGGUACAAGAGGUUCACUCAGAAGACCAGCCUCAUGACUCACGCCCGCACGCACACAGAGAAGCCGUAACAGUUGCACCGGGCUUCAGCCGGAUUCUCACGGAAGGACCACCUCACAGCUCACAUUCUGACAGAUACGGCCGAAUGGUCACAUUAGCGAUACAUGUUCCAUAAAAGAUUUCCUCCGCAGGCAGCCGCUGUAGGGCACGUGCUCGAACACUGUGUUAAUGCGACCCGCGUAAAGGACGUGGCCCAACAAUGAGGCUCCCUCGUCGAGCACUUAGCUUGAAGGUGCGCCUCCGCAGCCAGCCACAAGUGCGCUACAGUGUGACAAGAGCCAGAACUCGCCCAUCAGAACCCCAUCCAUUUCGCGUUGAGCCUGUGGCAUGGUUUGAUAUCGAUGUUUCUGCAUUAGUCCUCGGAAUGAAGUGGUAUCCUCUUGAGAUGGCCCGGAUGAGAGUACACGCCUGACGUAGCUGUGUACUUGACAUUUAUGCACAACUUUUUUUUUUUUCGGAAAAUUCUGGCAGAAUAUUUUUGUGAGCUUUCCUUCAAGACAAUGUUCGAUGUACUUGCUUUAACGUUUCCUUCAUACUCUGGUUCCAUGUUGUUUCGGCGCUAAAUAAAGGUUUGUAAGCCAAGUUUCGCCUUUGGACAGCGGUAAAUUUUUUUUUAUAAAUUAGCUCUUUGUUGUUUA